CCUCCAACGUUACGUCAAUAUACUCUUAAGUGAAUUGUUAAUGAAAAAGGUAGGCAACGCGGUUUGAUUAGACUGUCCAGGUUAUUCAAUAUGUCUGGAAGGGGUAAGACCGGUGGAAAGGCCCGAGCAAAGGCAAAGUCCCGUUCAUCGCGCGCCGGUUUGCAGUUUCCCGUUGGACGUGUACACAGGUUAUUGCGCAAAGGCAACUAUGCGGAGCGCGUUGGUGCUGGAGCCCCUGUGUAUUUGGCUGCUGUACUGGAAUAUCUGACAGCUGAGAUCCUCGAGUUGGCAGGCAACGCAGCCAGGGACAACAAGAAGACGAGAAUCAUCCCCCGUCAUCUCCAGCUGGCUGUCCGCAACGACGAGGAAUUAAACAAGCUUUUAGGUGGUGUUACCAUCGCUCAAGGUGGAGUGUUGCCUAAUAUUCAGGCCGUUCUUCUACCAAAGAAGACUGAAAAACCAGCUAAGAGCAAGUAACCAGCAGGGACCCACAAAUCAAAACAAAGGCUUUUGCCUUUCACCUCGCUUUUUCGCACUCACUGAAAGUGGGAUUUGUUGUAAAUGGACAAUGCUUCAUAAUAUUGGUUUUUGUAACGAACACAAUUUCCGACAGAAUUUCGACAAUUAAUUUUAGAUGUACUCUGCAUACGUAAAACCGUUUUGCCUAUUCUUGUAACUGGACUAAGUAUGGUGGCGCAUUUAAGGGUGGGGUGGAAUAAACCACGAAGACAAAUGGGACCAAUUUUGGGUUUCCUAUUUAGUGAUGUAGGCCUAAGCCCUGAAGACAUUUUGUGCAAAAUGUGAUGUUAUUUGUUUAUUUCAAUAAAUGUUAUGUUCUGGUAUAGCGCAAGCA